UCUAUCGAAACCAUGUCUCUUCCUGGGAAGCUUGUGAGUGAAGUAGAAAUCAAUGCAUCUGCUGAAAAAUGCUACAAAAUCUUCAAAGAUCAACUUUUUCAUUUCCCAAUUAUUUCUCCAAAAUUCAUUAAACAAGUUGAUGUUCAUGAUGGUGAUUGGGACACUCAUGGUCAUGGUUCUACCAAAAGUUGGAAUUACCAUGCCGAUGGCAAAGUUGAAGUCUUCAAAGAGCGAGUAGAAUUCGACGAUGAGAAUCUAAAAACAGUUCUGGUUGGAUUAGACGGAGAUCCAUUUAAUCACUACGAAAUUUUUACACCAAGUUAUCAAUUUGUGCCAAAAGGUCCCAACCAUUGUUUGGCUAUUAUAACCUUGGAAUAUAAGAAACUCGACGACGACGGUCCUAAUCCCUACAAAUACAUCAAAAUCAUGGAUGGCAUUAUCAAAGACGUUGAAUCUCACCUUAAAUGACAAGCUUUGUGAUAUUUCACUACGAGCUUCCUGCUCUAUCUUUAUGAUAUUACGGAUUAUGUGUGUCAAAGUUGUAUUUUUAUUUUUAAGUGAUCUUUAUGAACGGAUCACACCAAUAAGCUUAAUAUUACUAUUCUAUGGUGUAUCUCUAAGUCUUUUAUCACAUGUAAGUCAAUAAUGGUCAUCCACAUGUAAAAUUGUUGAAGAUCGAUUAUUAUAUUACUUAAAAUAUAUUAUAUGUAUUAUCUAAAUAUGA